AUGUAUUAUCGCACUUUACCUUCUAGGAAGAAACGUGAAGGACGCAAGUCUGACCCGCGCCAACUCAAUCCUCAAAUAUCCACGCUGUGUCCAGAGCUCAUCGACGUCAGCGUUGAUAGUGCCAGUUCCAUGAUUGAGAAGAUCAACUCGGAUUACCCUUGCAGACACUUGCCUUUCCAAAGCACUGGUGACCAGAUCGAGCUUCUGAGGCUCGAGGCGUCGCGUCUAAAGAUGAUGGGUUCCACGGACUCCAGGUCUAAUCCAGCAAAUGAGACGUCUGCUCAGCGUCCGACCUCCGUGUUGUCUCAAGCCUUGAGUUCCAAUGGAGAGCCUGGUCCCACCGUCCCAAACUCGAUGCGAACCUCCAUGCGACCCCGUACUGCAGUCCUGAGCGAAAGUCAAAUCAGUGUUCUCGACCUUGGCCCCAGUCUGCACUCUACCCAUCUUUUAGCUCGAGCCUCUCGUCGCAACUUAACCUCUGGAAAUACUCCUAACGGAACCGGCCUCGCCCGUACCACUGCACCAAACUUUAUGCCAGGGCCUGGCAGCGACACUUCGGACAGACCACUUGAACACCGCCUCCAGACAGAUGAGCUUGAAUCUGUUGCUCUCACCUCCGCAAGUGGCUCCGUUAACAACGAGUUCCCUCUGCGCCUACGUCAACGCCGCCAGAACCGACCCAACAUCACUCUACCCAACCCCCAGGAGCUACGACCUAAUCGCGUCAACCGUGCAUCCACCUUCAGUGAGCCUCGUGGUUUGAGAAAUCGAGCUGGCUCUGACGGCAGCCCUACUUUCUUCGCCGACGAGUCCAGUCGCCGAAUUCACUCGCUUUCUGUUCCACAAUCUCCCCGAUCUCCAUCCCUCCCGCCCCAGCCAGCUCUACUGCGUUCUCAGAGCUCAUUUAAUGGAAUGGAUCCGGCCUUUUCAGCUAUGCGCAACGCAGAGCGAGCGAGGCGAAUGGCACGCGACGCUGCAGGUUCUCGGGAUGCCGAUCGAAACUGA